AAUCUUGUCGGUUAAAAGGUUAUAUUAACUUACAAAUAAACAGUUUAACAAUUAAAAUAUGUAAUUUGAAAGUCGGGAAUCAAUUUCAUAAAUUAAAUUAAAUGUCUAGCGGUUUGUAACAUUGGUGCGAUUGGAAAUAUGGAAUAAUUUCGAAAAUUUGGAUUCUGUUACACAUUUUGGAUAUGGCUGGUUUUCAAUUUGUAUUGAUAGUUUUACUUUUGUUCUCAUUUGUUUCAUCAGCAGGUUGUCUCACUUGUUAUGCCUGUUCUUUGAGUAACCAGAAUGAUAAAUCAUGCGCAGAGGAUAAACACAUGUUGAUAGACAGCAAAUUACAUAUGAAAGGUUUUGUUAAAAAUUGUUCUGAAAAUGAAAGUUAUUGCAUGAUAGAGAAAAUUACAACUAAAUAUUCGUUUGCGAGUUACAUUCGAGAUUGCAGUAAUGGACAUUCCUUCUCAUAUUCUCAAAUAGACAGACUUCAAGGGAUUGCACCAAACAAUUCCUCUCGGUGUGCCUACUACAACGAACAUCUCGUCUGUGUAACACUGUGUCUUGGUAACUUUUGUAACGGUCCACAGGAAGUGUCGAGUGCACCUUUAACUUGUGUAGGCAAUCAGUUAUUAUAUUUUAUAUUAGCAUUUCUAUAUUCCGUGCAUAAACUUCUAUAA